GAAGUGCGUUGGUAUAUAUAGCCCGACGAAUAGAUAUGUGAUUUGAACUAACCAUGACAUUGGCCUCACAUCGAGCAGACCCGCCCACAAAGCUGUAACGCGCGAUCAUCUCAUAGCCAAAUUUGUUCAUGAGGAUUGUAAUCGCACACACUCUUCUUCAGACGAGAGGCAGCGCCCAUCGCCGUUCAUCGUUCUCAUUACCCACCUGCUUUAUCAACAAAGCAUCCGGGUUCAUCUCAAUUUCUCAAAUAUUUAACAAAGUCAAGGCAGGCUCCGCCAAGCUUUUUAUACAACCGCUAACACAGUUGGACAUAUCAAAAAUGGCGCAACCAUCAGGUGGCAGAAAGGAUGGGAUCCAUCCCAAUUAUCCUGACCUAAGCAAGCACAACAAUUUCCUGGCUGAAGGCUUGACGCCCUCAACCUAUAACAAACUUGUUGACCUUCGCACCCUUUCCGGUUAUUCAGUGGAUCAAUGCAUGCAGACUGGGGUGGACAAUCCAGGACAUCCUUUCAUCAAAACUGUAGGAUUGGUGGCUGGGGAUGAAGAGUCUUUUGAUCUGUUUUGCGACCUCUUCGAUCCAGUUAUUGAUAAGAGGCAUAACGGAUAUCCUCGCAACGCAAAGCACCGUACUGAUCUCAACCCAGACAAUCUAAUCGGGGGAGACGACUUAGAUCCGAAGUACGUCCUAUCAUCUCGAGUUCGCACUGGCCGCUGCAUUAGAGGAUACGGCCUUCCACCACACUGCUCGAGAGCUGAACGACGAGACGUAGAGAAACUUGUCACGGACGCACUUGCAACUCUAGAUGGGCCACUAAAAGGCACAUACUAUCCGUUGAAGGGCAUGACAAAUGAACAACAGGAUAAACUGAUUGAAGAUCAUUUCUUAUUCGACAAGCCUGUCUCUCCUCUGCUGACGGCAUCGCGUAUGGCUCGUGAUUGGCCCGAUGCAAGGGGAAUUUGGCACAACGCUGACAAGAAUUUCUUGGUUUGGGUUAACGAGGAAGAUCAUACUAGAGUUAUUUCUAUGGAAAAGGGGGGUAACUUGAGGAAUGUCUUCGCACGGUUCUGCAAUGGCCUCAACAAGGUCGAAAGCGCACUCAAAUCAAAGGGGUAUGAAUUCAUGUGGAAUGAGCAUUUGGGAUAUGUAUUGACCUGUCCAUCCAAUCUUGGUACAGGUGUUCGUGCAGGUGUCCACAUCAAGAUUCCUAAUUUCAGCAGGCAUCCGGAUUUUCAAGCCGUUCUGAAGCAUUACAGGUUACAGAAACGCGGUACAGGAGGCGUUGACACUGCAUCAACUGAUGGUACUUUCGACAUAUCAAACCUUGACCGUCUAGGCACUUCUGAAGUUCAACAAGUUCAGACUGUGGUUGACGGUGUCAAGAAGUUGAUCGAAUUGGAAAAGGCUCUUGAAAGUGUUAGUCUCCUAAUUCCACGAGACCCAGCGGUUGUUCAAGCUGAACGUACGAAAGAAGGCUAUCCAGACUUCUCCAAGCACAAUAAUCACAUGGCCAACUGUCUGACAUACGACAUCUGGAAGAGUCUGAAGGACAAGAAGACACCAAGUGGCUUUACUCUCGAAGACUGCAUUCGAACGGGAGUCAUGAAUCCCGGUCAUCCUCACAUCAUGACUGUCGGAAUGGUUGCAGGAGAUGAAGAAUCAUAUGACGUUUUCGCUGGCAUCUUUGACCCAGUGAUUGAUGCACGACAUGGAGGUUAUCCGAAAGAUGCAGUUCAUGUCACCAACUUGAAUUUUGCAGAUCUUAAAGGAGGAGAUAACCUGGAUCCGAAGUAUGUGCUGUCUUCUCGUGUGCGUACUGGACGUAGUAUUCGUGGGUAUUCUUUGCCCCCACAUUGCACCGUGGAAGAAAGAGCUGCUGUAGAGAAGAUAACAGUCGGAGCACUUGACAAAUUUGAUGGAGAGCUGAAGGGAAAAUACUAUCCACUGGAAGGCAUGUCGGAAGAAAUGCAAUCAAAGCUGAUAGAGGACCAUUUCCUUUUUGACAAGCCUGUAUCACCACUUCUUACAGCUGCAAAAAUGCAUCGUGAUUGGCCUCAAGGAAGAGGAAUUUGGCAUAACGACAACAAGAAUUUCUUGGUGUGGGUCAAUGAAGAAGAUCAUAUCCGUGUCAUCUCUAUGCAGAAAGGUGGAAACAUGCGUGCCGUCUUCAAGCGGUUCUGUGAAGGCUUGCAGAAAUUCGAGCAGACAGUCAAGAAAGACGGCAAGGACAUCAUGUGGAAUAAACAUCUGGGUUACGUCCUUACCUGCCCCUCUAACCUGGGAACCGGUCUCCGUGGUGGCGUACAUGUGAAACUGCCUCUUCUGAGCAAGUAUCCGAGAUUCGAACAGAUUCUAAGAGCCCUCCGUCUUCAGAAAAGAGGUACAGGCGGAGUUGAUACUGCCUCAACGGAUGGUACCUUUGACAUCUCUAACCUCGAUAGACUUGGUUCGUCAGAAGUACAACAAGUUCAGUUCGUUGUUGAUGGUGUUGAGCUUCUCAUCAAAAUGGAGAAAAAACUAGAGAAGGGAGAGGACAUCUUUGAUCUUCUACCAGAGCAAUGCCGUCCCAAGGCACCAAUAAAGCCUUUUAGUUCUGACUACCCUGAUUUCUCUCAGCAUAACAAUUGGAUGGCCAAGUGCAUGACCGAAGAAAUCUACAACAAACUCUGCAACUUGAAGACAAAAGGUGGAGUUACUCUCAAUGACUGCAUCCAAACGGGAGUUGACAACCCUGGACACCCUUACAUCAUGACCGUUGGUUUGGUAGCAGGAGAUGAAGAGUGCUAUCAGCUAUUCGCUCCUCUCUUCGACCCGGUUAUAAGUGCUAGGCAUGGUGGAUACGCUGUUGAUGCCAAACACCCUACCAACCUCAACGCAGCCGAACUCAAAGGCGGAGAUGAUUUGGAUCCUGAUUUCGUUCUGUCCAGUCGCGUCCGUACUGGCCGUUGCAUCCGCGGCUUUGGACUUCCCCCAUGUUGCACAAGAGCAGAGCGUGCAGCCGUUGAAAAGAUAACAACUGAAGCAUUGGCGAGUUUAGAGGGACCAUUGAAGGGAAGGUACUACCCUCUCACCGGUAUGACAGAUGAAGAACAAGAGAAGUUAAUCGCUGACCACUUCCUCUUUGACAAGCCCGUAUCCCCACUGUUGCUUUGUGCCAAUAUGGCACGUGAUUGGCCACAAGGUCGUGGUAUCUGGCACAAUGAUGAAAAGAAUUUCCUUGUCUGGAUCAACGAAGAAGAUCAUACUCGAGUCAUCUCUAUGGAAAAAGGAGGAAAUAUGAAGAGGGUGUUUGAGAGGUUCUGCGAUGGCCUGAAAAAGGUUGAAGAAUCCAUCAAAUCCAAGGGGUACCAAUUCAUGUGGAAUGAGCAUCUUGGUUAUGUGCUGACCUGUCCAUCCAAUCUGGGCACAGGACUCCGUGCUGGUGUUCAUGUGAAGCUCCCUUUGUUGAGCCAACAGCAAUGCUUUGAUCAAAUCCUUGAUCACAUGCGUCUACAGAAGAGAGGUACAGGAGGCGUAGACACUGCCUCAACUGACGGCACCUUUGAUAUCUCCAACUCGGAUCGCAUCGGUUUCUCGGAAGUCCACCUUGUCCAACAACUCGUAGACGGUGUCAAGCUCCUCGUCAACCUAGAGAAGGCUCUCAUGAAGGGAGAAGACAUCAACAAGCUCCUACCAGAAAAGUUACGUGCAGGAGCAGCAGCUAAGAAAUAAAGCUGACAUAAAAUCAAAGCAUCACUGGUAUUCUUAACUGAAUAUCGGGUUCAAAGUCGUUGGUGUAUCGCAAAUAUUACCCAAAUAUAAUAACACAUGUAUCUAACACAUACAGAAAUCCCGAGUAAAAUGUAAUCAGCAUGCAUUUUGCUGUUUUUCCACUGAAAAAGCAUUGUCUUUGGAUUUCGAAUGUAUUACCGUUACAUGACAAAAUACUACCUGUUACAUUGUGACUGAGGAAAAGUAACGGCUCCCCGUUGGCUUCGUCAUCACAUCUUCGUAAUCCAUGACACAUAAACCUAUAGCAAAAUGUAACUUAAAGGAAUCGUGCGGUGAAUGCAUCUUGCCUCUCUUGUUUGGUUUUUCAAUAAAAUAAAACUUUGGCAUGUCAGCCAGGCAUGACAAGGGGGUAGUUGUGAGAUGUAUAUUGUUUGACGUGAAGAUAUCAAGAAACUUAGAAUAUGAAAUAACUAGGAACAUCAUGAAAGACAGUAUCUUCGAUGACCCGCUUCAAAUAUAAUGCGGAUUUGAACACUGAACUAUAUUGACCAAGAUUGAAAUGAGCAAUGCUCUCGUCCAAAAUUAUGAUUGGUUUUGUGGUAUCGAUGAAUCUAAACACGAUAACAUCAAAUUUCUUUGGCCACAUGAAACAUUCCCUCCAUUCGUUGCAGAUAUUUACAAAAACAGAUCGAAUAUCAGGUUCCUAAACGAGUUGUUCCAAUAUCGUUUUUAUAAAUUCAUUUACAAUAAUAAUGUACCAUUCAACCAAAGGAAAGGACUGGUGAUAUCACAUAAAAAAAACUAUAAUAUUCCUUGUACAUUGGCUUUAGAAAUAUACGUAUAUUUAUUUGUAUGUCGGAAGAAGUUCCGAAGUAAAACCAAGUGCGUAGUUAGGUGAUAAUCAUGACAUAAUGUAUUCGAAGCUUAUGAGCAACACACAACAUUAUAUUUGGUAGUUUGUGAAAGUCGGUCUAGGUAAACAUUGAUUAUAAAGUGAAAUUGAUGUGAAUUUACCCAAUAUAUCUAUAGUCAUAGGCGGUUCUUGUGUUUUAUUUGGUGUUAUUUUCUAUUGCCAAACAUACUUAGCGGUAAUGAUGAAAUUGUUCGUACCUUACAAGUUUUUUUUUACCUAGGUAGGUCUGUUACCUGUCGUUAAUGGUCCUUCUCGUUCUACACUCUAGCCAUUGAAAAGACAAAAACAAAUUUGAAUUUUAGCAACCAUGCUCAGUUUGCUUCAUAUUGAUAGAUAUUUGUAUUUGUAUUCUUAUUAUAAUGUGACCAACAUAAUACAUACACAUGGAGAUGUAGAAUCGAAUAUUAACAUGAUUAAUGAGAAUAAGUAUUUGAUUUUUUUUCCUGUGCAGUAGUAAGUCAGCUUGGUAAGCAAGGUCUUGAUGUACAUAAUGUAAGCAGUUAAGAAACUCAACGAAUUCACGGUAUGAUAAUAAUAUAUUAAAGAAUAUAGCCAUAGAUAUAAGAAACAUUGUAGAAAAUAUAUUUUUAACGGUUAAUUGUAUUUUGCACAACUCACAAUUGGUUUACCUGCCACAAAAUACUUUUUCUGGUAGUAUAGCAUGAAGAUACAUCUCCAUUAUAGUUUAUCAUGAAUUUUUAAAUUAUUUCUAUCAAAAAAUUCCCCACUUAAUGAUCAGCUCGAAUAAUGGCUGUUAAUGUAUGUUAUGUAUAUGUGUGAAUAUCUACUUUCUAUAGAUUCAACUCUUGGUUUUAAUGGAUUAAUAUAUUUCCAAAUAUAUGCAUUGGAAUAGGGUGUCUUGUUAGCAUAACGAUUUUUUUAAACAGUCAUGAGUUUUAUUUUGCUGUUCCUAUUUUGAUUGAUUUGUUUGGUUUUUCUUCAUUAUUCAUUCAAUAUUACGUAAACUCAUCAAAAUAAAUAGAAAAUGUUUCAGUUUAAACAUCUAACAAAGAAAUAUUUAUAUAGCAGCACAUGAAACCAAAGUUUGCAAUCUAUUACAUUCAUAUCCGGGAUAAAAUAAUGCAUUUGGGGAAAUAAUGAAAAGCAUUUUGCUUACGUUGCAGUGUAGUUACUUUAUUAAAUUUUACCUUCUUCAAAAUUUUUAUUGUUUUGGUCUUGUACACGGUUUUACCACUAGGUUAUUCAUUGACUUCAUUUUGUGAUUAGAUUAUUAUUUGAAUUUGUGGUUUGGUUUGACGAGGCAAUGGUUUAAUUUACGCACGUCUAGAAUAUACCUUUUGUGUAAGAGGGCUUGCAAUUUUAGACACUGCCAUCAAAGAUUAAAAAAACCGAUCAAGAAUUGAUUCAAGAGCAUCGAUACAGAGAAUUGAUUUACUCUGUUUAUCAGGCACAGGUGAAAAGAGAGUCAAUAUCUACUUCUGGUGAUGAAUACUCGUCAAUACACGAGUUGAAAGCUGGAGUUUGAUAUAAAAUAAAAAAAGAAAUGGAAAUGAAAUAUUCAUGAAUAGAUUCUGAUCUGAAUAAAAGAACUGAAAUAUGCAACCUCA